GACAAUCGAUGUGACAUUUGUUGUAAACACACGUGCAUUGGUGUGUCAAUCGUAUGAAAUUGUGAUUAAUUUCAAUUCAUCCUAAAAUAAAAGUUUAUUUUAAAUAAAAACACUCACGAAAAAUGACGGAUGUUCAAAUAGAAAUUCCUGCCAAUGGAACAGAGAAUCCAGUCGAAGCAAAGGAAGAAGUCAAGGCGGUGAAUGACGGUGGGAGUGAUUCGAAUGCAGAUCAAUCUGCCGAUAAAACAAAAGGAAAGCCGGCACAAGUAAAGAAAGCCAAGUACGAUGGACGCUGCAAAAAACGUAAAUGGGUAUUCGACCGUCGCGAUGAUAAUGUGAAAAGAGAGAAAACCAAUCCGGAAGAUCGAGUCAAGAGACGAAAGUAUCUGAUGGUACUCGGCUAUGCUGGUGCAAAUUAUAUUGGCAUGCAACGUAACCCAGAUGUCAACACAAUCGAAGAAGAGCUAUUGAAGGCAAUGCUCAAGAAUAAGUUGAUUACAGAAGAAGCAUUUCAACAGCCACAAUACACACAUUUUCAACGGGCUGCUCGCACAGACAAAGGAGUUUCGGCCGCUCGCCAAUGUAUUUCAUUGAAAUUGCCGGAAAAAAUCGAAUUGGAAUCGUUGAACAAAGAUUUGCCAUCCGAUAUCAAGGUGUUUGGUUACAAACGCGUGACCAAGGGAUUCAAUUGCAAAGACCAAUGCAAUGCUCGUACAUAUUCCUAUAUAUUGCCAUCGGUUUCAUUUGCAUCCUAUGACCAAGAAGUUGAUAUGAAAGCCUAUCGAUUGGAUGAUUCAAUUUUGACUCGUGUUAAUGAGACACUCAAACUGUUCGAGGGUACGAAAAAUUUUCACAAUUUUACAUCACGUAAAAAGUACGAAGAUCCAUCGGCCAUACGAUUUAUCAUUACUUUUGCAUGUGGGCCACCGUUUAUGGUGGACGAUGUCGAAUUUUGUACGAUAACUGUCAAAGGACAAAGUUUUAUGAUGCAUCAAAUUCGGAAAAUGAUUGGAUUAACAUUGGCUGUGGUCAGGGGAAUAACGAAUGUUGAUACGAUAACGAAAUCCUUUGAAAAAACACGAUUGGAUAUUCCAAUGGCACCCGGUCUGGGGUUGGUGCUUGAUCAAGUGCAUUAUGAUGGUUAUAAUGCACGUUUCAAAGACGAUGGAAUGCAUGAACAACUUGAGUGGGACGAAAUUGAACCGACAAUUCAAGAAUUUCGUGAUAAUUUCAUUUAUCCGGUUAUCAAAGACACGGAAUUGAAGGAACAACCAAUGAUUCAGUGGCUUAAGACAUUGCCAUUGCACUCGUAUGAUGAACGACCAGCACAAUUUGCUCGGAAUAAUAAUGCGAACCAAGCAGAUGGAGGUGACAAUGAUGAGACAGCAGAGACGAAUGAGUCAGUUGUGGAUGAUGAAAAUGGUGGAGAUGAUGAUUAAAUUGUUUUUAGUUUUUAUUUCUAUUUUCAGAGACUUUACUCUAUUUGCGGAAUAUUUUUUUUUAGAAAUUUCAAGUCAAUUUCAUUGGAAAAAAAACGAAGAAUUUCGAAAUAAAUUUUAUUGAAGAAAAAAA